AUGGUAAAAAUUCGACCUGAUGAAAUUAGCAGUAUUAUCCGUAAACAGAUAGAAGACUAUAGUCAAGAAAUUAAAGUUGUAAAUGUUGGUACUGUACUUCAAGUAGGAGAUGGUAUUGCACGUAUUUACGGUCUUGAUAAAGUAAUGGCUGGUGAAUUAGUUGAAUUUGAAGAUAAUAGUAUCGGAAUUGCCUUAAAUUUAGAAUCGGAUAAUGUUGGUGUUGUAUUAAUGGGUGAUGGUUUAACUAUUCAAGAAGGUAGUUCUGUAAAAGCAACAGGGAAAAUUGCUCAAAUACCUGUAAGUGAUGGCUACUUAGGUCGUGUUGUAAAUGCUUUAGCUCAACCUAUUGAUGGUAAAGGCCAAAUACCUGCUUCAGAAUUUAGAUUAAUUGAAUCUUCUGCGCCUGGUAUUAUUUCAAGACGUUCUGUAUAUGAACCUAUGCAGACAGGUCUUAUUGCUAUCGAUUCUAUGAUUCCUAUUGGACGUGGUCAACGUGAGUUAAUUAUUGGAGACCGACAAACUGGUAAAACAGCCGUAGCUACAGAUACUAUUUUGAAUCAAAAAGGACAAAAUGUAAUAUGUGUUUAUGUAGCUAUUGGACAAAAAGCUUCUUCAGUAGCUCAAGUAGUUAAUACUUUUGAAGAGCGUGGUGCAUUAGAAUAUACAAUUGUAGUAGCUGAAGCAGCAAACUCUCCAGCUACGUUGCAAUAUUUAGCUCCUUAUACAGGGGCUGCACUAGCAGAAUAUUUUAUGUAUCGUAAACAACAUACUUUAAUAAUUUAUGAUGAUCUUUCUAAACAAGCACAAGCUUAUAGACAAAUGUCUCUUUUAUUAAGAAGACCACCUGGUAGAGAAGCAUAUCCAGGGGAUGUUUUUUAUUUACAUUCUCGUCUUUUAGAACGAGCUGCUAAAUUAAGUUCACAAUUAGGUGAAGGAAGUAUGACUGCUUUACCUAUUGUUGAAACUCAAGCAGGAGAUGUUUCUGCUUAUAUUCCUACUAAUGUAAUUUCUAUUACUGAUGGACAAAUCUUCUUAUCAGCAGAUUUGUUUAAUGCAGGGAUUCGUCCUGCAAUUAAUGUAGGUAUUUCUGUUUCUAGAGUAGGGUCUGCUGCUCAAAUUAAAGCUAUGAAACAAGUAGCUGGAAAAUUAAAAUUAGAAUUAGCUCAAUUUGCUGAAUUAGAAGCAUUUGCACAAUUUGCAUCUGAUCUUGAUAAGGCUACUCAAAAUCAAUUAGCAAGAGGUCAAAGAUUACGCGAAUUACUUAAACAAUCUCAGUCCUCUCCUUUAGCUGUAGAAGAGCAAGUAGCUACUAUUUACACUGGAGUAAAUGGAUAUUUAGAUGUAUUAGAAGUUGAUCAAGUUAAAAAAUUUCUUGUUCAAUUGCGUGAAUAUUUAACUACUAAUAAACCACAAUUUGCGGAAAUAAUACGUUCCACCAAAGUCUUUACAGAGCAAGCGGAAGGUAUUUUGAAAGAAGCUAUUAAAGAACAUACUGAACUUUUUUUACUUCAAGAAGACAAGUAA